AUUCUGCAGACGACCCACGUUUGAUAAAAACCUUGGCAACUUGGAAUCCUAACAUUUAAAACAAGUUCAAUUAGUUUGUUUUAAAAAAUGGAUUCAAGACAGAAUGAUUUUAAUUCAUCAGUGUAUUCUAACAGAAAUUUGGCUCCACUUUCUCCGUAUCUGAAUUUUGACCCAUCGUACUUGAAAAGCAGCCAACCGGAAUUUAUCUUCCCCGAAGGAGCUAGUCGAAAUAGAGGACGAUUUGAAUUAGCAUUUUCUACUAUUGGUGGAAUGUGUAUGGCUGGUGGAGCUAUUGGAGGUGUCUCAGGGCUUUUACAGGGAAUUAGAGACACUUCUGCUGCUGGUCACACAGGAAAGCUUCGCAGGACCCAAUUGAUUAAUUAUGUAAUGAAGCAGGGAGCUAGUUCAGCCAAUACUCUUGGAGUGGUUGCUGUUAUGUACAGUGCAUUUGGAGUGGGCCUAUCUAAGUUAAGAGAUGCAGAAGAUGAAUUUAAUACAUUAGCAGCUGCUUCAGCUACAGGUUUAUUAUACAAGUCAACUUCAGGCCUGAAGAGCUGUUUGAAAGGUGGAGCAAGUGGUCUAGCUCUUGCGUUGGUGUAUUGUGCAUUCACAUCCAGAGAAAAAAUCACUAACUGGACUAGCAGUUAAUUUUUAUAUGUUUGAACUAUCUACAUGUCCCUUCAUCUAGUAUGAACUGUAAAGUUAUCCAAUAAACAUUAGUCUUUUUUGUUAA